AUGGGGGAGCACAACAUUGUGAUUGCCUCUUUGGCUGCCGGGGACUAUGGAACUACCUCCGCUGCGACCACAGCUUCAAACUUGCUGAGUGCUCUCCAGGUCGCCUCGUCGAAUGGCCAUCACAAGAUUGUCAAACUGCUCUUGGAUUAUGGAGCCGACAUUGACGCGGAUGGCGGCCAAUACGGCAGUGCUCUCCAGGUUGUCUCAUCGAAUGGGUAUCAAGAGAUUGUCAAACUGCUCUUGGACAAGGGUGCGGACGUGAACACGCAUAGCGACAGAUAUGGUAAUGCUCUUCAGGCUGCCUCGUCGAAUGGUCAUCAAGAUAUCGUUGAACUGCUCUUGGACAAGGGCGCGGAUGUGAACGCGCAGGGCGGCAGAUACGGCAAUGCUCUCUAUGCCGCAUUGUUGAAUGGCCAUCAAGAGAUCGUCAAACUGCUCUUGGACAAGGAUACGGAUGUGAACCUGCAGGGGAGCAGAUAUGGUAAUGCUCUCCAUGCUGUGUCGUUUGAUGGCCAUCAAGAAAUCGUCAAACUACUCUUGGACAAGGGCGCGGAUGUGAACGCGCAGGGCGGCAGAUACGGUAACGCUCUUCAUGCUGCGUCGUCGAAUGGCUAUCAACAUAUCGUUAGACUGCUCUUGGGCUAUCAACAUAUCGUUAGACUGCUCUUGGACAAGAACGUUUAUUAUUACUUUACUGAAGGGAGAAAUUUCAGCAAGCAUACCCUUCUUACAACAAGAUUGGGAAGAGGAUAUCCUACAAUUUCUUACUCUCAACCGGCUACCAUUCCAUCUGAUCGAGCAUCCAUCAUUCAAACGCAUCAUCCAUAA